CUUGGAGCGGGCGCCAUGGUCUGGGCCAGGCCGAGGCGGGGCGCGGGGCGGAAGCGGUGCCGUGGCCCAGGCGGCAUCAUGGCGGCGCCGGGCCCGCGUCUGCGUCUGGCUGCGGCCCUCAGCUUCCUCCUCCUCGCCGGUGCCCAGGCUCUGGCCCCCAGCCAUCGCCUCACCGCCCAGGACCUGGCCCGGCUGCGGGCGGCGCUGGAGCGGCCCUUCUCCGACGUGCAGGCCGCCUUCUACUCCAUCGUGGGCCUCGCGAACCUGGGUGUGCGGGUGGCAGACGAAAAGGCUGCAUGCAGUUUCAUCAAGUCUCAUGUGGACUCCAGCAGCGUUGAUUCCCUCUUCUAUGCUGCACAGUCUAUCCGGGUCCUGGCUGGCUGUGAGGUUACCAUUUCAAAUGAGACCAGGGAGCUGCUGCUUGCAGCUGUCAGUGAGGAUUCCUCAGUCACCCAGAUCUUCCACGCUGUUGGGGCCCUGAGUGGCUUUGGCCUUCCUUUGGCAUCUCAGGAAGCACUUAGUGCUCUUACUGCUCGUCUUAGCAAAGAGGAAAAUGUGCUGGCAACCAUCCAGGCUUUGGAGACGGCAUCGUACUUGUCCCAACAGGCAGACCUGAGUGGCAUUGUUGAGGAGAUAGAGGAUCUUGUUGCUCGCCUGGAUGACUUGGGUGGAGUUUAUCUGCAGUUUGAAGAAGGAAUUGAGACUACGGCACUGUUUGUGGCUGCUGCCUAUAAACUGUCGGACCACGUGGGUACAGAGCCAGCAAUGAAGGAGGAUCAAAUCAUUCAGUUGAUGAAUGCAAUUUUUAGCAAGAAGAACUUUGAGACCCUCUCAGAGGCUUUCAGCGUUGCUUGUGCUGCAGGUUCCUUAUCCCGGAACCGCUACCACUUGCCUGUCAUUGUCAUCCCUGAUGGGCCUGCAGCUGUGUCUCACCAUCAGCCUGUACUCAGGCUACAAGUGACUGAUGUUAUGUCCGAGCCACUGACUCAAGCUUCUGUAAAACUUGACUACGCCAAGAGUGCAUCUAGCAAAGCCACUGUCCUUCAACAGACAGCAUUUACUCUGUCAGGAGAUGUCUUUGAGCUGAACUUCAUGAAUGUGAAACCUGCCAGUGGAUAUUAUGAUUUCUCUAUCAGUGUUGAUGGAGAUAAGAGAUUUAUUGCUAACAAAGUUGAGCUGAAAGUAAAAGUUUCCACAGAAGUUGGGAUUACUAAUGUGGAUCUUUCUACUGUGGAUAAAGAUCAGAGCAUUGCACCAAAAACAACCAGGGUAGCUUACCCAGCCAAAGCCAAGGGCUCAUUCACUGCUGACAGCCACCAGAAUUUUGCAUUAUCCUUUCAGCUGAUAGACGUGAACAGCGGAGCUGAACUCAUCCCUCACCAGACUUUUGUCCGACUUCACAACCAAAAGACUGGCCAGGAGGUGGUGUUUGUUGCAGAACCAGAUAGCAAGAACGUUUACAAGUUUGAACUGGAUACCUCUGAAAGAAAGACUGAAUUUGACUCUGCCUCUGGUACCUACACUCUUUACUUGAUAAUUGGAGAUGCCACUCUGGAAAAUCCAAUCCUGUGGAAUGUGGCUGACGUUGUGAUCACAUUCCCAGAAGAGGAUGCGCCAUCCACAGUCCAGUCAAAGAACCUCUUUGUUCCCAAACCUGAAAUCCAGCACCUCUUCAGGGAACCUGAGAAGAGACCUCCCACUGUGGUAUCGAACACUUUCACGGCAUUGAUUCUCUCCCCCCUGCUUUUGCUGCUUAUUCUGUGGAUAAAGAUAGGUGCCAACAUCUCCAACUUCAGCUUUGCUCCCAGCACCAUUGUUUUUCACAUGGGACAUGCUGCAAUGCUGGGACUCAUGUAUGUCUACUGGACACAGCUCAACAUGUUCCAGACUCUGAAGUACUUGGCCAUUUUGGGUGGCAUCACAUUCCUGGCAGGCAACAGGAUGUUGGCUCAGAAAGCAGUAAAACGGAUCGCUGCAGAGCAGAGCAGUAGGUUGGCAAAGUAUAGAACGCUGCGGUAAAAGGGGGUUUUGCUAGUGACCAGCUCUUCUAGAAGAUGCACUAGUCCCAGAAGAAUGGAAGAAAUGUGGAAAAACAGAGCAAAUGCCUUCAGAGCAGAGGUGAAUAAAUGACAGAAGGAAGAAGGCAGAAGCAGAUUUUGGGGGUUUUUAUUAAGUCAAAAGGUGCCAGUUACACUUUCUU